CCUAAGGGAGGUCCCUGAGAGGAGGAAGUCAAGAUUCUGCUCCAGGUGGAAGUUGGUGUGAAGACUUCUUUGGCACAAGCACUGCAGUUUAAGCACACAGAGUUGCUAACCUUCCAGGACUGGCUCACAGUCUCCAGGAAUCAGCAUCAAUCUCCAGUAAAAACCUGAAGACACUGUUGAAAACCGGAUGUGGGGCAGAGAAACCGUGGUUAGGGUUGCCAACUGACAAGAAAAUAAUCCUCUUGUGCUUUUGACUACAUGCAGAAAUUCAGUAGCAGCAGCUGAAACUUUGCAGGAGGCACCGUCAUAAUAAUCCACAGGGAAAAGAGGACCCAGGUGUCCUGCUGGCUACCAACUCUCUUUCUCCUCCUCCUCCUCCUCCUUCCGGAACCGCUGCCUUGCCACUGAACCUCGUCGCCAUCCUGGCUUCUGCUGGCUUCUGCACACUCUAACCUGCUGGACCCUGUUCCUGGUAGGACCUGCCUGCCACCCUCCCAGUCCCGGACACUCCAUGGCAACCACCACCACCGCCACCACCGUUUCCUCCAUGUACCCUGAGGAGGCGGCUCUGCGGACCCCUUUCCCUCUGACCCCACCUGCCUUGGGGGAUGAGUUCUACCCCUUUGGUGGUGAACGCCAACAAUCUUUCGCAGCUGAUGUGGCCGCCAGGGACGGGGACCCCGAAGAUUCGGAUCUGGGGGUGCUGCUGCAGAGGAAAGAACAGGAUUUGCUGCUGGCAGCUGAGUUGGGAAAGAUGCUCCUGGAACGCAAUGAGGAACUGGAACGGCACUACGAGGAAUUGGCCAAGGAGCACCUGGAGGCCAAGGAGCGCCUUGAACAAGAGAAACAUGAACUCCGUCUGCACCUUGAAUCGGGACGGGCCGAAUUUGAGACCCGGGUGGCCGAGCUGGAGGCUGACCUGGUAGCUUCUCGAGCUCAGCUGGGGCAGCAGCGCCUGGAGCAGCAGGACACGAGCCGGGAGAGCUCACAGGCCGUGCUGGACCUGUCUGAACAGAACCAGCGCUUGGUGGAGCAGCUAAGCCAGAUGGCUCAGCUGGAGCAGCAGCUCCGGGAAGAACUGACUUUGCUGCGUGGGGAACAUCGGACCUUGACUCUUAGUAGUGCCGAACAUGCUGCCCGGACGCAAAGCCUGCAAGCCGAGAAUCUUAUGUUACAGGAGUGGAAGCAAGAUCUGGAGAAACAGACCAGGCAGCUUCGGGAGGAGAAUGAAUCUGUCCAGGCGCUGGUGGAUACGUUGCAUGAUAACCUCCUGCUCCUACGCAAAGAGAGUCACGAAAAGGAGCUGCGGGUGCAACAACUGGAAGCUGAAGAUGGGGAGCUCCGUGCCGCCAACCGUCGCCUCCAGCAUCAGGUCAAAGAGAUGAAGGAAGAGAUCUGCCUGCAUGACUUGGACAACUCAGUCACCUCCAUCCAGUCUGAGAUUGAAAGUAGCUUGGAGGAUGCGCCAGGAGCACCUGGACAGGCUCCUAAGCCAAUGGUCAACGGCACCUGGAAAGCCACUUCAAAGAACUCUUCGCGGAGAUCAGAAGAGGAGGAAGCUGAAUAUGCCAAAGAGAUUUCAGCCCUGAGUGUCCAGGAGCACGAUAUACUGAGGCAGAAAGAAAUGGAGAUCAUAAAACUCCAAGAUCAGAUCACACUGCAGUAUGUGGAACUUUGCAACUUGCAGUCUGAGGUGGAGAACCAGAGGCGUCUGUACCAGGAGAGCAAUCGGGAUGAGGCCUUGAAGCUGGCCAUCCUGGAUCGGGAUGAGGCUAUAAUCAAGAAAGGCGAAAUGGAAUUGGAACUGGCAAAAGUCUCUUUGGAACGGGAUUCACUGAGCCAGCAGUUACUCCGUGUCAUACGCCAGAAGAUGGCCCUCUCCCAGGAGCUGGAAGCUUGGCAAGACGAUAUUCAGUAUAUCAUCCACCAGCAACUGCUUCAGAAGCAGCAAGAACAGGCCCCUCCCCACCCCUCACCCCCUAAGACGCCAACUCAAAUCAAGGACCAUUCUUUCUUUCGUCGUGGCACCAGCGUUCCCAAUGGCUCAAGCUUCCUCUCAUUCUUCCGGAAAAGCUGAGGGGGCCUAGCGGUGUGGGGAAGAUCCUGAGAUGGCCAAAGAAAGAAAAGGUGGUGGAGGGAAUACAAAUGCCAGAACCAGGCAAAGGAAGCAGCUGGACUGGACAACUGGAGACGUAGCAGCCGCCAAUGACAGUAGAGUGUUUUGAGGUGGCCGGGGCUGAAAGGGGCGUGGUGCCUUUUAGCAGCCUGUCAACUAUCUCUAGGCCAAAGGAAUUUGUUAUCCUCCCCUAUAUUUCGAUCACAAGAGCUUUCAUGCCAUUUUUCAGUGAGAGAGACUAACACUCUGAAUUGGUCAUUGGACGUCUAAUGAUUGGUUCAGAGCAACACAUUAAAUUGGCAUCUAGGUCCUUCCUGAGGAAUGGGACUCAUAGGGUGACGAAAUAUAUUUAUUUAACUUCA